AUGUCUUUUCAAACCCCCAGACGCCAGAAACGUUCAUGUCUCCAGUGUCAAAAGGCAAAGAAGGCUUGUGAUGGAUAUGCUCUCAACAGAGACCCGGGUCCCAGCCCCAGUUCGCCAACUUCAUCUAACAGCUCUGAUCAAAGUCCUAUUUCAAGCAUUCUUCCUUGCUCAUAUUGUCAGAAGACAUUGAAGACAUGCUCCUUCAACUCGAUAUGGGGUCUGGCUCGUGCACAUGUAGACCAAGGCUCAUAUGAUCCCAGUGUUCCUAGGGCUCUCAACAACCGAGUCUCCGAUCGAACAUUGUCUGCAAGUUCCCUGUCCCCUAUCAAAACAGAAGCCGCCACAGCAACUUCUGUCAAGUCUACAUCACAAUCGGACGCAGAGCCUAGCCAGAAUCACCAGAAAAGGGCCUCUCUUGAACAAAAAAUAUCGACAGUCCUUUCGCCCUUCACUGCCAGUGUCUUAAUGACCACAGCUUUCAAUAACCAGCUUAUUACACGAAGUCUACUUCACAUUUAUCACAAUGUUCUUGAGAAUAACCUGUCCUGUUGGAUAUCCGAAGCAACCUGCCCCUACUCCAUGUCAUCCUCAUCCCAAGAAAGCAUUGCACCAACACAUGACGAUGCGGCCUACUCCAUUCGUACCUUUGGACCGACCAACCCGUUUUAUCAGUACAUCAUCUAUUUGGACCGUGUCACGCAAGAACUUUGCAAUCCAUUAUCUCACACAGAGGAUAUGGCGGUUUCCCGGACACUGCAUCUUUGCAUACUAGCCUUUGCGGCUCAAUGGACUCGGAAACAGACCAAGAGGAGGACAGUAUCGUCCACGAGUAUUAGGCACCUACAACACUCGGAUACAUCAGCUACUAUGCCAAUGGACUGUAGUCUGCAAUUACAACUUUGGAAGCAAGCAAGAACAGCCCUUCGACAAAACACAGAGAUUGAAUGUUUUAGGAUUGUUUAUGCUGAAUUCGUCUUGGGCAUCACCGAAAGACCAGAACAAAGAUAUAAUCAGGACUGCAAUAGCCAAAGGGAUGAUACCUGUCUACCAAGAGAUCAACAUUCGGUUGCUCAUUCCAUCGGACACAUCAUGUCACAUGAGCUUCCUUCUAUGCAUCUGGAACAAGCUACGAGGAAAGUUUCUGCAUUGAAAUACCGCUUUGAUAUGGAGGAACUCAGGUUGAAGAGCCGACCUCGAGACAUCUAUGCUGUGCAACGACGUCGGGCCGUUGGUUUCAUAUACUGGCUCCUUGUAAUGUUCGACACUAUCCUCUCACCACUGAGCAAGCGCCCAGUUGUUAUAUCAGAUGAUCACUGCAUGCCAGAUUCAACAGUAAACACUGAAGAUAAACCAUGCCGAUGGAAACUUGAUAUGUUCCUGAGGGACGACUCCGAAAUGCCACAAUCUCUACGCUGGCCCUGCUCAGAGGAAGUUGCCUCAAGAGCGAUGAUCAAAGCGGCGCCUAUUAAGGUUUUACUUUAUCGCCAACUAUCCUAUAUCCAGAGCGCUUUGCAGAAGCAAUCGAGCAUUCAGAAUAUCAUCGACGCCACAAAAGGAGCAACUACUGUCUGUCGAUACUGGGACAUGACGUACGCCUCAUUCUUCCAAGGCCUGUUACGAGGCUAUGAUAGCGCUUCGCCAAAGCUUAAAAGCUGGGUUGUGUGUAUCUUCACAGCCUGGAAUCUCGGUACGCUUGUUCUCGCGGACUUGUCAGAACUAGUGCACGAGAAGGCAACUAUUGGUGGCAACAUCAGUCAUGCACCAAACAGCUAUGUGGAUAUGAGGCGGAGCAGUGCUAUUAAUCUCGCUGAACUCGCCGGCACUGUCGUUCCGCAUGAGACGGGCCACUUCGACCAGCUUCCAGAAGGACAUACCACGGUUCAAGAGAGUCCGCUGUGCUUCUAUGUUUCUCGAAUAGACUGGACGACUGUGGCUAAGAUAUUGUAA